AUGCGGACGUCCGUGUGUAAGCCUGCUAGACAUAUUUGCACAGUGAUUUGCUUAACCACUUUUGUUAUAAUGAUUGGUAUUUUAGAGCCUUUAUCAAGUUUAUAAAAUCAAAUUGAACUUCUUCUCCCAAGAAGUACACAUUUCUACCAAGCAUGCUGUAAAUCCUCCGUGAAAUUAUGUCAAGAUACCGUCGGAAGUAGUGGCCCUUCCUUUCUAUUUUUACUUGGCAUCAUCAAAUCAUCGAUUUUAAUAUUUCCUUGUCCUUUUUUUCCAACGACCACUCAUGUUUAUUCCGUAGAUUUGACAAUCUUGUAUGCGAAAAGCUAACUGUCAAGGCAAGCCUCAUUGUAUCUCGUCGGUUUAGAUGUUGCUUAAGAUGAUUUUUCUUAAUUUCAACUGUAGACUAAGGAGAUUGACCUUUAAAUAAUCUGUGCUCUCCCAUUCGGAAUUAGUAUUUAUUAUGACCGCAUAGAACACUCCUAUCAUUGACAUAAAAUUAUGUGAUGUUCGCCCAGCUGUUUUUCUUGCAGGCUUUAAAAACAGUAGGACUAUUUUGAGUAUCACAAAGCUGGAAAAUAACCGCAUCGCAGUUAUCAGGUGAAGACUUAGGAAAAAUAUAUUUGAAGUCAGAGAUAAAGGAAAUUGUAUGUUAGACCAUAAGCGACGAAGCUGGUAGGCUUUCCGACCAGGUGGAAUGAUUUAUUACGAGGAAAACUGCAAAAAUUAUUGAUUAAAAGUAGAGGCCUUUGUUAAUCCUGGACCUUAAGCCGCAUAGAAAAUAAAUAUAAGAUGAUUUUUUCGCUUUACAAACGGCGCAGAUUAUUUUUUGGUUAAUCAUCAUUCAUGCCAUAAGGGUCCCAAAUAUUCAUCAGAACAGUCUACCAAACUGAAACCUUUAUGACUUGAACGUGACUGAUCGAGAAAUGAUUGGGCCAUUUUCCGAAAGUCCUCAAUAAAUGAAGAGCUGUCAAUUUUAACAGGUGUGCGGUAGCCAAGAGGCUGCAGCAUAGUGUGUAUCUGUAACAGUUGUAUGUUGCCGCCCUUAAGAGUGCAUGAACCUGAAAUCUCACGUACACAUUGUUCUUUUCCUAGUUCUUUUCGCAUUUUAAUGGCGCUUUAUCGGAGUAAGUUCUAGCGUUCCUCAGAAAAAUUUGUAUCUGCAAAUAAGCGGCUUCAACCUUCAUGGCGACAUGUAAUUUAAACAUUCAUUUUUGAACUCAAAAUUUUGCAUUCACAAGUCACUUUUUAAGUUGACAUUAAAUGCAGUGUAUGCAAGAUAAAGAUUAAAAUGUGUUAGGACAUAACGUAUGCUGUGUGGCUUAAUUCUAGGGCAUAUAUUAAAAGAAACUUGAUUAAGCAACAUUGCCGACGAAGAGAAAGGCGACUUAAACGGUCAUUUCUGCCUUAUUGGCCGUCAUCUGUAGGUUCCAAUUGUUGACCAAGUCGCACCUAAUGGCCCUGUCCAAAUGCAACAGCAAACCAUUUCAAAGCAAUUCAAUGCAUGCCACAAAGAUGUCCACUUUGAGGAAUCUUCUUAUUUCUUUUGCUGUAAUGGUUUGCUUUUUGUGGCUUCCGCGAAUACUUGCAGAACUCACUGGUUUUCCGGUGAUACCGGGUCUCUUCCCUCACCCGAGUACUCGAGAUCGUUGAUACUACCGUAAUGAUGAUCAAUAGACAAACAUUGCUCAAUAUAUCAAACUCAAAACGCUUGGGAAAAGGACAAUAAGCGGAAGAGCGAGGCCAACCAAAUUAUUUUAAUAACCGCUUUGUCAAAAAUAGCUGUGGCCUUUUAACUACUGCCCAAGACGACGGUACUAUCAGCGAUCCGUUUGACACUCAUUGUUCGGUUUCCUUCAGUGUUCCUGGACAGUGCCCAGUGAACGUUUUGAUUUGAUGCGUGCUGAAGUGGAUUUAAUAAGAUAUCAAAUCCAGAACAUCUUCUUUACCCAGUUCAAAAGACCAUCUCUUUCAGAGGAGAAAAAAGUAAGUCACACGAUUAAAUGAGAUAGUGAAAUGAAAGCAAGAGGUCUAAGGUACAAAGCCCUGGACGCCAUAUCGCCAAACGUAGUUCAAGGAGUAGGCUUGACAGGUCCCAUACGAUAAAGCGACAAGGAUAGGGUGUUUGCGCGGAGUAGAAAAAUGCUAACUGUUGUUUGGCAAAUUCAACAGCGUUUUAACACUCUUGCUUUUUUGGCAUGCGUAUGCAUUUCGCCCAAUAAUAUUUCGAGUAUUUUCUACUACCUGACUGCUCUGUGGAUGUAACUUUUUUAAAUGAGCUUUUCCCUACCAAAUAAGUACGCGAGGGUGUACAAAACAACGAACCAAUGCACGCAUUUCAGCAGCAACGACGCAUCGUGGCGGUACAGGUCAGCGAAUUUCAUCCCGCCGUCGAAAGGCCGACCAAAAACACUACCGAAGAACACCUACUUUUGAAAAUUAGUAAGCAGUUUUUCACAGUUUUCCUUUCUUCGCGCAUAAACGUAAUCCCUACUUACACUCAGACCAUCGUGUGUCUACAGAGAACGCCUGUAAAUCAGUGCUUACGCGCGUGUAAAUCAGCUUUCGCAGCAACUACACCGCAAAAUCGAUCGAUAUAUUUGCCUUUAUUGGUUGACCGCAGACAAACAACGCCCAGACGUAUGAAUUCAGUGUCGGUGCUUAACGAACAGCACGCAGAUGGUGAAAAAAGCCACUGUCACUACCAGCAGAGCUGCCUGGCCUCAAUUAAUGUCGUCCAGAUAACUCUGUCUUUCCCGACCUUUGAUUGGGGAAACCUCGAGUUGUCAACCAUCCCACCUGUGUAAGAUAUUUGUUGGAUGAAUCACUGUGCUGAACUUUAUCAUAAGCACUAUGCUUUAGUAAUCAGCUGAGUGUAAAGUGACCGACAGUGGUUGAACGAAUUGUACUAUCCAGGGCAAAAUAGAAUAAUUUCUAAAAAUAGACAAAAUUCCUCACUAUCGUCGUCAUCGAGCAUGCUAAUUGAGGCAUUAUCUUGGCCAUGUACCAAGAGACUGUUGAAACUGCCCAAUGUUUCACCUAUGCUUUAGUAAAUUCGCCAACCUUAAGAUUCACUUAAUUGUGUAAAUACCCUGAGACCAUUCGAGUCCGCUUAAGUACAUGCGGGUUUUCGGGAACGUAGUUGUGUUGAAGAUGGUCCCGUUCCCUGGUAUGUGAUAGCACCAUCCCGCGGCCAGCGUACCUAGACUCAUUUCAACUGUCAACUCUAGACAGCCGAAUUAUAUUCAUUGUCGUUGUCGCUGUACCACUGAUCCCUUUUUAUCCGCAUAUUUUGAAUUUCUGUCGUCAAACCUACUUAAGUAUCUCGGUUUGGAUGCCCAUCAACUGCUCUAGCAGGAUGUAAUUUCGGCAUGUCAAGAGGAAGGCGUGAAGGUCGAACGUAUUAAAAUAGGCGGGAUAGGUGAUGCUGUGGCAGUCCGCGCCUCCUUGCUCUCCGCCGAUUUAUGACGCUGUCUUCCUAUACGCCUCAAACUCCCUGUCGAUUCGCCGCUGGGACGCGUAAGCUUGUUACUACCCUCACGAGGGCUUAAAGCCAGUUGUUUCUGCCCUUUUGCUGAUUGGGUGGCGGAUACUGAGACAUAUAGGAAGGCGCAUACGCGUGCUGGGAUCUAGCCACCUCCCCUCCUCCAACGGCAUACACAAAACCCAACUUUCCUGGAGAGCCCGCCCGCAGCGACCGCUCACAGAGCCUCUGUGUACACACUUCCUCAUAAAUAAAAGUUUUCGAAACCACUCCGUCUUCCAUGACUUCCGAUAUGGAGACCCUUGUCUUGUCGACCAUGCAAUCCCUAUAAUACCCUAAUCUAGCACUUCUUCUACGUACUUGACAUCCGACAAGUCCACUUGGAACAGAAGGAGUAGGGGAACUAGAUAACAGCGAAAGUAUUCAAUGGGGACAUUAGAAUUUUGUUCAUCGUGACUACUGUUCAAUUCUGCAAACAUGAGUUCGAAAAGAAAGCCUUUCUGUUUCUUACCGCAGUUCGUCCGGCAGAGCAAGCAGACCCCUUUUCAUGGUCAAAGAGGACUCCGUGAAAAUCAUAAUGCUGGGCGAGCACUUUCUUAGGCGGGGGCGGGGGAGUAAAUCGACGCCAUAGUAACCAUUCAGGCACGCAAAUCCCGAUAUCUCUUUAGUACCAGUAAAGAACUCGCAAAUAAAUAUACCACAUUCACUAUUAAAUUCAUUGGAAUGGCCAUUUGUAUCCACUGAAAGGCAAAACGCACACGUGGCUUGAGGACCACUAUCAACUUUGGUGGCAUGAAUGAUGAUAUAAGUAUGGAGUCCUGCCUAGAGCAGGGUGUUGUGCUGCCAUGGACGGCUGUGACUUACCACUAACGCUUCUGCUUAACGAUGACAAAGAUUGCUGUUUAAAAUUGGUUGUUGCACAGGGAUCUGGUUAAGAGCUGGAACUCAUGAAUUCUGCUUAUUUUGAGAUCCGUUUCGCGGCGCUGUAGAUAAGAUGUUAAAACACCAACCAGUUAGGUGAGCCUAGGAGUCAUCUGGUAGAUUCCAGAUUGAUUACUUAGGAAAUCCCAUAGUCAGUGAGCUAACUCUUGAAAUGUCAGCCGAAGUUCCGAAAUGCAUUUUCGUUUUGAAAAGAUUAAUUAGGUAGGGUUGCAAUUCCAAUUCCAAUUUCUAAUUCCGAAUAAUUUUGAACCCGUUCUACCGUUACACUUGGAUUGUGGGUUUUCAAACAACAAGCCGUGUAUUUUUUGCGUACGGAAAACCAUAAAUUUCUCUACGGUACUAAAGGGGAUCCAUGUAGGUUUCAUUAAAUUCAGCAGUGGAUUUGAUCCAUAUUGUUAACUUUACAAGCCACCUUGGUAAAUGAAGAGACUCGACGAUUUAGGAACGCCCAUUUCACGGUUUUUAAAAGUCGUACAAUAAGAAACUUUCUUAAUACCGAAUUAUGCCCCUUUUUGAGUAAAAAAUGACAAGACGUAAUUAUCUACUGAAUGAGCAAAAGAAUGAAUAUUUUUAUGCAUGCUUUCAAUGACAUAUAAUUGGGCGUUUAGGGGCAUCGAAUAUCAAUGAGAAGAUUCAUGCUACUGAAGUUCUCAUUUUUUACAGAGUGCAGUUUUUGCAUGCAGCCAAAAGGAAGUUCAUUCGAAAUCCGGCAUCCUGAGGUAACUGAAAUAUUAUAGAAUUCUGUAGCCAGCUGACUUGUUUUACAACCUUACUUAAUAAAUCCUUUCGAAACAAAAACGCAUUUCGGAAUUUCGGUUGACAUUUCACGAGUUAGCUCACCUACUGUAAUUAUUCAGUCAACUACCUGUAUCAGAUUUGGUAGAUUCCUGAUGCUUUACAGUAGGUUCAGCGGGUAGCUUCAUCCAGAUACAAUUAAACUCAUGACUCUUGCUAUGUCCGCGUAGCUCAGGUGGCUAGAGCGUUGGCUGUAUGUAAGCCCUUCCUAGGCUGCUGUAAAUACGAAUCCUACUGAGGUGGACGGGGUUUUCCACAUUUUGGUCAAAAUGUUGCAUCGAGAAGUAUUAGUCACAGAAACAAGGAGGACUGGGAUGGCGAAUCAGUGCUAAUUUGUAGUGGUGGGGGUCAUAAUAGUAUUUUUGAUCAGUUUGUCGGCAUCUCUCUAGGCUUGUGUAUUCUGCGGCCGCUUGCUUUGGCACUCUCAUUUUCGAAGUUUCUCCCUACCAUUUAGCAUCUGCGGAGAGUUUUUAUUGUUAACAGCCUCAUGACACCCCUGAGGGUCUCAAAUGGGUAUGCGAUUAGAAAAAGUACCGCUUAAGGUCUUUGUAGAACUGUCUGUGUUUGGUGACUGCGGGUUAGACGUUUUUUUAAAAGAAUUUCUGCAAAUGCAAUUAUUUCUUUGGUUCUUUUUGUUUGAUUUUGUUGCAUACUUGUAGACCUAUCAAGUCUGCCACUUCUCGAUGACCAACGUACAAAUGCUCGGUUGGGUCACCUUAGCUUGCGUCCGCGUAAAAAGCAAUUUGUUAUCCUUACUUUCGUCCAGAUUUUGACAGAGAACUCAUCGCGCCAUCAGUCUGCUUCUUCAGCAAAGCGACCUUCUGCAUCCGGUUCACUGCCAUGUGAGCGGCCAUGCAGUUGAGGGUUAUUUUUGCAGCAAUAUCUAGGUGUAGUCUGCUGUGGAUUUAAGGGCAGAUUAUUAGCGUCAUAGAAGGGUAUACAAAUACUGUAAUCAAGUUCGCUGGACAGUCGUCUUCUGCCUUUGUCUGUUUUUGCAUACUUCGGCCGCACUCGCAAGCGAAAACGUCCAUCACUGUCCCACGAAAGGGACCCAGCGGCGUUGACUUGCACGGCCUCCGUCUCACCCCAUUCAACGUCUCCCUCAUUGUCCCGAUGGCAAGUCGGCGUCAAGUCGAUCUGAGGUGUAUGGCCUGCGGUUAGCGCCUUCAUAUGGUCUGGCGCCUGUGCCUACAUUUAUUAAUUGAACUUUUUUUCUUCUUGACUUUUGAAUGCACCAUGCAGACCAUUUUAAGUUCAUGGGAAUGUCCUUCCCUCACUGACACUCGCAGUAUGCAGGCCAAUCUGAAAUAAGGGUCCUAUAGCAUUGUCACACUCAGAUUUCAUAAAGGAUAUAAUUACUACCGUUUACAUUUUUAUUCUUUCACAGGUAUGCAUAAAUGUACAUGUGCGACUUGCGGCGAAACGUUGACGCGCACUGCCUACGUAAUGAAGCACGUAAACGUUAAACCCAAAAGUGCGCCUUCAUUUGCUUGUCGAUUUAAUGUUUUGUCCUUCGGUUACUCGCUUUUACUUCACCAUAGUGUCUUACUGAAGAAUGUCUCGCCAAGAAAGUCUUGUCAGUCAACUUAUGCCCGCUUGAGGUUUUGCCCACAAAGGGUGAAUUCAGCAGAAAGAUAAAUAUGCUUGAAAGGCACCAUUUGCUCUAUCGGUCCAAGUUGUUCUUUGCUUUAUGUUUUUCCAGAUCAGCGAGUGUAUGCAUGCGGGUUUUACAACAAGGUCUCCCGGACGGAAGGAAAAUCUGAGGGCGCAUAG